AUGGCUGGAGACAAUGAUCGGGCCUCAAGCUGCGUGCUUACACGCACCCUCCCAAUAAUCACCACUGAGGCUUGUCCUGGAAACGGCCAUGGCAUCGCGACAGCCUUCGUCCCCGCCGGAACCCAGCUUCCCGUGCCUGAUUUCCCCAAACCUGGUGAACCAGGCGCUUUCACUCCUUCCUCCCAUCCUACUGGGGCCAACUCCGGCCUGGACCCUCCCAAAAACUCCAAUGCGGCCGAUCUGGAGCCGGGGGCCCUCAGUCCCGAUGCCCCCAGUUCCUCUGAACCUGGGUCUCAGUCUGGCGUUCCUGACCCCGAUGCUUCUGGGGUUUCUGGCUUCCCAGAGGAGCCUGGAACCAACAAACAACUCGACAGGCCUGAACAGCCUGGUACCCCGGAGAGUCCCGGCUCUGGCUCUGGCUCUGGAACUACCACUGCAUCUGGCGGUAUAGAGACUCCAGUCGUCGUUGGGUCUGCUGGUUCUUCUAUCGGCAUUGAUCAGGGGAUCAUGGUUUUUGCUGGACUUGUUGCGGGCCUCGGCCCAAUUGUAAUCAGAUAG